UUCUUGAACCAAAAGGUGUGACGUCAUUGGCGGUAGUCAGAGAGAUUUGCAAAGCCAAAACAUUUGACUCAUCAGCAUGCACCACAACAACCAAUUCAAGACACCGGCAUAAGCAUAUAGGUGAUCUGAAUGAGCUCGAGGCAACAUAUACUCUGAGUAGUGGCAGAUCACAACAGUUCGACGAUGAUGAAGACUGAGGCGACCGUAUGCUUUCUGGUGGGACAGUUUCUACUACUCGUGGGUAUCUGUGAGCAAUGCCGGGCUCUUCAGUCAUUGGCGCCAUCUUUAUCUCCCUCGAGAUCUUUAGUCAACAAGAUUGGCCGAGUCCAAGCAGGUCCAAUCUCGAUCAGUCAAUUAGGCUGUGGCACUUGGAGUUGGGGGAAUCGAUUGCUGUGGGAUUAUGAUCCUUCGCAAGACGAGGAAAUCUACGAAGCUUACAAAUUGACCAGACAAGCCGGUGUCACCGUGUUUGAUACAGCGGAUUCCUACGGGACUCUAGAUCUCAAUGGAAGAGCUGAAAUCUUGCUAGGAGACUUUGAACGUAGGUAUCAAGCAGAGCUACUAGAAACUAAGGACCAAAAACCGUGGUGGGACGUUCUGUCUUCGGGAUCGCGAUCAGCAACUAGUAAUAAGAGCAAUGCACAGCAGGUAGCUACCAAAUUUGCGCCUUAUCCCUGGCGAAUCACGGGUGGAAGCUUUGUCAAUGCUGCCAAGGCAUCUCUCAAGCGCCUAGACCAAGAUAAGCUUGCCAUUGCACAACUUCACUGGUCCACGGCCAAUUACCAGCCACUCCAAGAGAAAGCACUUUGGAAGGGACUUGGUGAUAUCUACGAUCAGGGACUUUGUGAAGCAGUGGGGGUUUCCAACUACGGACCCGGACAACUUACCAAAAUUGCAUCCUAUCUCCAACAACGACAGGUUCCACUAGCCACAGCACAAGUCCAGUAUUCCCUCAUGACCUAUCAGACUUCGCAAUACAUGAAUGAUGCCUGUGACAAUGCGGGAUGUCGUCUCAUCUCCUAUAGUCCUCUCUGUCUUGGACUCCUCACGGGCAAGUACAAUCUAGACAAUUUGCCACGACAGGGAAAUCCUCGACGACAACUCUUUCGAGAAUUACUGCCGGGAGCUCAAGAAUUGCUCAACACAUUGGAAGUGGUGGCCAAGGACUAUGGCAAAACGCAAACACAAGUCGCCAUCAAUUGGGCACUCUGCAAGGACACGGUGCCCAUUCCUGGUUGUCGAACGGUGCAACAGGCCAAAGGAAACCUAGAAUCGGCCACGUGGAGGUUAAAACCAGAUGCCGUGGCAGUUUUGGAUCAGGCAGCUUUGAACGUCAAGAAACCAAUGAUUCAGAAUAUCUUUCAAACAAAAUAACGCAUUGCAAAGCAGCGUCACCAUUCUAUUCUAAUUCUAUUCUAUUCUAUUCUGGCGACAUCGUCGAGAAAGCAGACGCCUUGAGUAGAUCGUUCAUUUUCGAUAGAUUCGCUUUACACCUCUGACAUUCUCUGGGAUACCAGCACGUACCGCUCCUGGUAUCUGUCAAAAGAUAUGGUCGUUUCAGCAGAGGUACGUGUACCGGUACCGUAAGGUACUGAGCCAGCAAUCUGCGGAAAAGGAAAGUUCAUGGUCAUAUGCGAAACGUAGGCGCCACUGGCUCUAUCAUUGCAACUCAUGAAUGGUUGAAUCGAGGAAUUGGCUGGCCUGACCAGCUUGCAAGAAGUUGCUUUACAACCAAGCCAUGAAGCGUGACAAGCAGCGAUCUCUACAUUUAGGCCACGGCGAAAGCUUUGCCAAAAACGCGGUGCUGUAUCCCGAGGCUACAACUUCCAUAAGGUGCGAAUGUCGAGUCGUCUCUCGAGUCGAGUCAUUUGAGCUACUCCAGUAUGAGUUUGUAAUGCAGCUGUUUUCCAGUCGGUGAUGUCAUCUAUUCAUCAAUCCAACUCUUAGUUUUUUAAAAUAAAACUAUAGCUAAGCGGUCGCUGCUGCCUGCUUGGUUUUCAUUUCUUGCUUGAAGUUGGCCAAUCGAUUCUUGAUGUCUUCGGCUCGUUUUCGAUUCUUCUGUUUGAUGAGACCAGCAUCCAAGGAAGGGGCGGAGCUGCAACGACUAAUUUUCUUGUGCUCCUUCCUCCUCCUGUUGGCUCGUUCUUUCUUCUCUGGCUCGAGCGUGAACUCUUCCGACAGAGGUACCGUGGCCUCGGUGUUGGUACUGGUAGUGGAAUCCCGCAGGGCAGAGCACGCCUUCUUUUCCGCUUCCAGUCGCUCCAGUUUUUUGGAACGACGACGAUUGCGUCGUUCUUCGUUCUUGUCCUUGCUGCUGCCCAUGGUGGACAGUUCAUUGCCAACACUACUGCAUGUACUGAUGCUGAGUGACCUCUUGGGGGAUUUGCCACGAUGCCUCCGAGUGGUUGGCCUGAUGGGCGCCGGCAUUCGUUCGUUCUUGGGUACCAGUCGAAAGAAGAGGUACUCAUCCUCGAAAUCGUGUUCCAUGCAAACAUGCUGGCAACAAAAGACCUUUUGGUUGAGUUUACGGACCAAGUGAACGGCUUCGUUGCGACUUCGAACGAUCUUGAGAUUCAUGAGCAUGUCCACGGCUUCCCGGGCAAUGAAACAGUCGGGAAAGACUCGAAACAUGUGUCUUCGAUCUUGGAGAUCCACAUUUUCCUCAAAGAGCUGCAUCUUGUCCCAGUAAGUUGGGUAUUUCUUCUUCAUGCGUCGAACUUGAGCGGGAAGGUUGUGAUCAAAGACGUACAAGGCAGUGUCACUGUCCAGAAGCUGCUGCUUGACAGUGUCAUUGGUGUUAGUACUAGUACUAGUAG